GGAAGCAUAAAGGCAAUUCAUGUUUCAGGAUCUGCAGUCCUGAUAGCUGUCUGAUACAGUGGCUGGAUUGUUCACUCUGCACUGAUCAAGUGAGAAGUAUGUGUAAGAAGUGACGGCUGGGAAAGUACAGAGAUCUGAACUACAUGGAACUAAAAUACCAAACCACACCUCGGCUCUGAGAGGCGGCUUCCUGACCUCAACUCUGCAGCCUGGACAGUACUUAGUAAGCAGGGUUCCUGUCAUCUGGAUUGCCUGAAUCUUCACCGCUCACCUUGAGGUCUAUAAUGAAAAGCACCAGCCCCCUGGGGAACCCCAGGGUUGCCUUGUUAUUUCUUGUAUACUCCCUGCUGAUGAUGCUGAGAUGCACAGCCAGUAAAACAGACAAUGGGAAUGUAGCAGAAACGGACCCAGAAAGAUGCAUGAGGCACCACUUUGUGGACACAAUCAGCCAUCCUUUGUAUAAAUGCAACUCUAAGAUGGUCCUUCUUGCACGCUGUGAGGGGCGCUGCAACCAGACCUCCAGGUCGGAGCCUGUCAUCUCCUUCAGCUCCAUCCUCAAGCAGCCCUUCAGGUCCACCUGCCACUGCUGCCGGCCCCACACCUCCAAGCUGAAGGCUGUGCGUCUGCACUGCACAGGGGGCACCCGCGUCACUGCCACCUACCGCUACAUCCUGUCCUGCAACUGCGAGGAGUGCAGCUAAUCCCUGGGGAGGAGGCCACACCCAGGGGCCAUCAUUAGCACCUGGGUAUGUGGGUUUAUAUAGCCAACACCAAAUGCUGUUUUUUUGGUACUAGCACAGAACAAUCAAUAGGGAACCUAAUGAUGCAAUAAAAACAAUUGCCCAGAGGGGCGCUGUUGAAUCCCUGUGUGCAAAUCAAAUUAUUUAACAGGGAAGAGCGUUCAGGUUGGUUCAUUCUUCAUAUAGUCUACUUGGACACAACAGUCUCCCUCACUAGUAUAACAUCCUCCACUGAAGACAAUGCACUGCCCUGUUGUCGCCAGAUUAACCAUGUGACAUGGGCUUUCACAGAGUUCCCUGUGGGCAAUUUUUUUUAUUGUGUCACUGUGUUCCCCAUUGCUUGUUUGAUGCCAAUACCCAAAUGUAGCACUCUGCGAUGGCUAGAUUAGCCACAGAAAUUACGGCUAUAACCCAUGAGACUUCCUUUUUGAUAUUGCAACAAAACUGCUUACUACUGAAAUGGAUUUCUGAAAGCAAUGUCUACCAUACAAUUUUAUUUUUUUGUAGGUCAUCAGACACCCUCUUUUAAUUUAUAUCCGCAAUUAAAGUGGAUUUACUGAAAAUGCCAAAUAUUAGCAGAAACUCUAGCAGAACCAUUAGCUAAGCACUACAUUACCAGCAAUGACAAGCCAACAUCAAUGCAUUUUGAAUGUUUGCUUCAUACCAUUUCCCCUUGCUGUGGGACUGAUGCAUUAUCAUUGUAGUGCCACUGCAUUGCUGGAAGAGAGGUGUUUUAGAGACCCAACAAACCAACAUCUCAGUGACACAUCCAGACACACACCAGGUCCCAGCAAGAAAUCAAGGACAAGGACAAACCUGCAAGCUUUGGAUUGGUGAAUGCCCCCUAGCAGAACUCUUAAGCAUGAGCUAGAAAGAACCAUUCCGCCCACCAGACUGCUGUUCUUUUUUUUUUUUUUUUUUUUUUUUACUUUUUAAACCAGGAAGACUGAUGUCUGUUUUGUUUUUUUCACAAGAGACUCUGUGUUGUUUCUGAACCGCUACUGAAACGAAAUUGGAACGUGAACUUGUGAGCUGCUUUCCUUAUUCUGGGAAUCUGGCCUUCAACAGUGCUAACUCCAUUCUGUUUUUUUAAGACACAUUGUUAACACUUACACAAGUAAAUGCAGUGCACUAACAGUAAGCGUCUAAUUCUGUCAAUGUUUGAACCUUGUAUUCUGUAUGAGACUAAACAUCCAAAUUAAAUAUAACUUGUAAAGUGGUCUAUGUAUUACAAAUGUGAUGGCUUUUUUCUAGGUUAUAGAGAAGAGAUUCCAGUUAGAAUGUCUCUUUUAAUGCCUCAUAUAAAUCUACACUACAUCAUAAAACUAGCUUGUAAAAUCUCAUCUCAUUCCAACACUGCGGCUGAAAUGUACACUUUGGGUUUAAUGAAUGUUUAAUACGAAUACACAUUUACUCUUCAUGUCUUGGCGUUCCAAGAGGCUUCAUAAUUAAAAUUAACUGGUCUUGUGGUUAUAAUUCAUUCCAACUAUGAACAUGUAUUGUAGCUUUAGGAUUAUUUUACUAAUGCAAAAAAAAAAACCCAAAAAAACCCUUUAUAAUGCGAAAUACUUUGUACGUAUUGACUUCCAGGAAAAGAAGGCAAAAAGAGCCCACUUUGAUUCAAAACUUAAAUGCUUCUUGCAAGACAACCCAUUUUCAUUCAAACAAAAAUUACAAAUUACACAAGAAUACUGCAAAAAAGAAAUCUUUACAUGCCAAAACAAGAUUCCUAUUUGGUGCGUCCUUAAUGGAUCGAUAUGUAAACAUAAGCCGCAAGCAUUAUUAUGGGUGUAGAUGAUUAUUGAUUCAAAUUUCUGAAAGAUGGAUUAGUUUGUACCAGCUGUUUAGUUCCAUUGUGGCCUGCAAUGAAUAAAAUCUAUAGCACUGCUAAAGCCAUAUAGAUCUUCAAUACAGUUUUCAUUCAGAUCUGCUGUAGCCCUGCUAAUGUACCAAAGCUUGACCAAAGAAAGAAAUGUUAUGUGCUCUUUAAAAAAAGCCAAUAAUUUUGGACUACAUAAUGUUGCCUUAGGUAAGGUUGUCCAGGAUUUGUGCUAAGUAGGCACUGUGAAAUCAGUUGUAUGAGCUCUUCAACACAAGCAGACUGAAGCUGCAGUUAUGCUUUUACCCAACAGGUGGCACUAUUGGCUAACAAUGUUGGUUUUAAGAGGCCCCCCAUUUAAUUAUGGAGGGGCACAAACCCCUGCGUUGCUUAAAAACAAGAAAGCUGCAAUGGCAUAAUCUGAAGCAAAACUCCAUUAAAUGAAGUGGAAGUAAACAGAUACACACAAUUCUGAAUUGCCUUAACAGCCCGGCCACCCUCCCUAAAAUGACCUCAUAAUAUGCACAACCUGGGUCCUCUAAACCAGUGGUUUUCAACCCUGA